AAAAAGCCAACGAACUGAUUGAUUACUACAUGUUUUGUUGUUUGGGUUAGAUUUCUCGCCGAUAAGGAACGUCGCCGAUAAGAACCAAAUCAACUCUCGAAUCCCUAUGUGAUGCCAUGACAUACAUGCGUUGAUUGAAGAUGCGAUUUCGCACUCAACUCGCUAACGCUGCAACUUUUUCUAAGUUGACAGCAUCCCUCUCAUCUCUGGGUAAAGUAUGCUGGAUGCGACUGGAAGAUGGCAUUGUUCGAUUUACCAUCAUCCCUGAUCAAGGCACCCAAGUUUGGGCGCAGUUACCCGUGGACGCCAUCUUCGAUGAAACCAGUUAUAUUCUGGAAUCCAACUCCGGGGUUAUCAACCUCGAAGUUCCAGUCGGUGCUCUCCACCGUGCCCUUCGCUCCGCCGCAGCGGCGACGUCGGCCCAACUGCGUCUGACCAAAAAAGGCAACGUCCCUCUCUUGGCUCUCACGAUCCAUGCAUCAUCCUGGACCACGGGGUCCAACGCACUAGGGAUCACCGACUCUGACCAUGCAGCCAUGACCGGUCCGGCUCUGGAAGCGGGAGAUACCGGUCGCGUAGGUCAGGCAACCACUGCGUCAAGGCCAGCAGCCGUUUCUGGGCCCCGGGAACGCGAGACGGUCAUUACGCAGGAAAUUCCUGUGAAGGUCCUCCAUGAAUCUGCCAUCGAAGGGCUCCAUGAACCGCGAUGUCGUGACCCCGAUGUGCAUAUCAUCUUGCCUAGUCUGUUCCAGUUGAAGAGUAUCUCCGAGCGGUUUACCAAGUUGGCGGCGGAUUCCAAGGGCUCUUCGGGUUCUGCGCUUGUGUCCGCCGUCUCACCUAAACUGGAACUAUCGGCUAAUAUGCAUGGGUCGCUGAAGUUGGCGAUCGCUACGGAUGCCCUACGUAUUUCGAGUGUUUGGACGGACCUGGUGAACCCGUCGCUGGACCCGGGGCAGCUCACUCAGACGGAAAUCGAGCAGCUGCCUAGUGAGCGGAUGAGAGCUAUAAGUGAUGAUGAUGAGGCUGGUUGGGCGAAGGUGAGGAUUGACGGAAAGGAUUGGGGAAGGGUGCUGAGUGUUGGGCGAUUGAGUCCUAAGGUCGUUGCAUGUUUUAUCCAUGAGACGGCUUUGAUCCUCUACGUUUACCUGCCGGGGAGCUGGAAUGGAGAGGAUUCUUGUUUGACGUAUUAUAUCAAUUCUUACGCGGCUUGAGUAGAAUUACUGGGUUUAGAUUAUGAAGAUGUUACGGUCUCGGUAUGCAAACGUACGCGCAAUAUAAACGCACACAACACUGAGCGUCAGAAGGUCGGAAUUAUUAUAAUACUAU